AUGUUGACUCACCAGUGGGGUUUCCAAGAGUGUAACUUUGAGCCUACUGACUUUAGGUAGUCAUCUGCUUGUGACUACAUUCUUUUGGUCAUCUACAUCAAUGAUAUGAUCAUUACUAGAGAUGAUAUGGCUAGCAUCCAGGAUACCAAAGUGUUUCUCUAGGAACACUUGGAUAUCCAUGAUUUUGGGACUCCCAAUUACUUCUUAGGGGUUGAGUUUGCUUGCCACCCUAGUGAGGUAGUUCUUAUCUAGCGGAAGUAUGUUCUUGAUAUUUUGCAGGAGAUGGGCCUUCUUGUCCACAAGCCUCAUGCAUCACUGAUCAAGAGCCGGCCAAAGUUUUGGGAUGAGAAAUCUCCCUUACUCAAUGAUCCCCAAUAAUAUCAACAAUUAGUGGGGAAGUUGAUUUAUCUCAUGAUUACAUGUCUGGACAUUACCUUCACCAUGAAUCUCCUUAGUCAAUUUAUGCAUAAGCCAUGCAAAAUUCUUUGGGAUGUUGCACUUCAUCUUCUAGCCUACCUCAAGCAUGCUCUUGGGAGAGGAUUAGUUUUUUGCCGAUAUGAACAUCUUUGUGUGGCAGGUUACUCAAACUCUAAUCUUAUGGGGGAUCGAGAAGACCAAAAAUCUACCAUUGGGUAUUACAUUUAUGUUGGCAGCAACUUAGUGACCUAGACAAGUCACAAGCAGUAAAUUCCAUAUUUGUUCAACUGUGAGGCAGAGUAUCAAGCCAUGCACAAGAUGUCUUCCUGUAUGCUCUAGGUACGUAAUCUUGUUGAAGAGUUAGGUUAUCCAGUACAAGGGGCUAAGCUCAUGGACUGUGAUAAUGAAGCAGCGAUGUUUAUUUUAAAUCAUAAGACAUUUCACCUACGUACCAUGCACAUCAAGACAGUAUGCCAUGUUAUCCGUUAG